AUGAACUCGCUUGUUGGAAUAUUGUUGCUCGUCUUAUUUACAACAGCUGUUUUUGCCAAAUACCAUCGCAAGAAAUUCCAUAAAGACGAUCCUCCUCGUUGUGAAGGUGAUCGAGAUUCUCCAUGUUUCCAGUGCCUGUAUUCCUGUAUGUUCUGUGUGGAGACCUGGGGAAAGCACCAGUACGACGGACAUGCGUGUGCUAUGGGGUGUAGAAGCAGCAACGGCGAAAACAAGGACAAAGAUUGCUCAAAACACAUGAAGACAGGAGGUUCAUCCCAUGGUGCUAGAUCGUACUCAAGUUUUAAUGCAUUAGCAUAA